UGUCCCUCGGAUCAACGGAAAGAGCCGAAGAUGAGUGGAGCGCCGGUAAUCGGCAUCCCUCAGAGGAAACAUGUACACUGAUCAUCAGGGCACUGAUGAUCAGUGUAUCCCCAGCAGUGCCACCUGUCAGUGUCCAUCAAUGCCACCUGCCAGUGCCCAUCAAUGCCACAUAUUAGUGCCUACCAGUGCACAUCAAUGCCACAUAUCAGUGCCCAUUUGAGCUGCCUUUCAGUGUCACCUAUCAGUGCCACCUAUCAAUGCCAAUCAGUGCUGCCUAUCAGUGCCACCUAACAGUGCCAUAUAUGAGUGCUGCCUUUCAGUGCCCAUCAGUGAUG